CGGGCUGAGCAGGAAGGAAACCGCUCCCGAUCGCGGCGGAGGCGUCGUCUCCAGGCCGUGCGGCUGCCGCUACAGCCAGCCCUCUGUCCGCUUGUCGGCUCGCCUGUCCACCCGCAGCAUGAGCGGCCUGCGCGUCUACAGCACGUCGGUCACCGGCUCCCGCGAAAUCAAGUCCCAGCAGAGCGAGGUGACCCGCAUCCUGGAUGGGAAGCGCAUCCAGUACCAGCUAGUGGACAUCUCCCAGGACAACGCCCUGCGGGACGAAAUGCGAGCCUUGGCGGGCAACCCCAAGGCCACGCCACCCCAGAUUGUCAACGGGGACCAGUACUGUGGGGACUAUGAGCUUUUCGUGGAGGCUGUGGAACAAAACACACUGCAGGAGUUCCUGAAACUGGCCUGAGCCCACCGGACUCCAGCACCACGUUCCCCCCUAGCCACCGCCGGCCAUGAAGGACCUUGUGACCAACUCCCUGUUAUUCCUAGCCUCCUGACCUUGGAAUCUCUCCCCGCAACCCAAGCCCUUCUCCCGCCCUAAUUUAGCCCCCUCUCUUCCAUUCAAAGGCAACAUUCCUUACCCACUAGUCUCAGAAAUUGUCUUAAGCAACAGCCCAAGUGCUGGCUGUUGUCAGCCAGGCCCUGAGGCUGCCACCCUGCCUGGCACUGGCUGGUGGGCACCUUUGUGGGUUCCAUUAGCCAGGGCUCUGCCAAAGGCCCCGCAUUCCUUGUCCCCUAGAGACAAUUAAAUGUCCCAUUCCAUUGA